AUGGAGUGCUGCGUCGCAAUCAAUGGUGAUCAGUCACAAUUCUUUCCCGUUACAUGUGGAGUGAAGCAAGGAUGUGUUCUGGCACCUACACUGUUCGCGUUAUAUUUUGCUGUUGUUGUGCGUGAGAGCGUGCAGUUAUCAUCUGAAGGAGUUCGCAUCCGCUUUCGCACAGACGGCAAUCUUUUUAAUCUAGCCAGAUUAAAAGCUCGCACUAAAGUAUCUCAUGCACUUGUAUCUGAAAUCAUGUAUGCAGAUGAUUUGUGUUUCGUGGCGGAAACCCCAGACGGUCUACAGCAACUAAUUUAUGAUUUCUAUCAUACUUGCCUUAAAUUCGGGCUAAAGAUCAGUGUCAAGAAGACGGAAGUAAUGUCCAUGGACAGUCACGGUCGUGAGACGCUGGCCAUUAAUCUCGGAGAGGAUUUGCUAAUGCAGACUGAUAAAUUCUGCUACCUGGGGAGCACUAUAACAACUAAGUGUGACCUUGACGCUGAAAUCAGUAGAAGAAUCUGUGCUGCUGCAGCAGCAUUCGGCAAGCUAGAUCCCAAGGCACCAAGGAAAGAGAGAUUACCACCCCCCCCCCUUCCCCCACCAACAUGCGUUAAAUUAGUAGUAAAUGUGGUGGUGGGGGAGGAAGCUCAU